UGGCAGUGGGGACAGAAGAGCAGAGCUGAGGAUGGCGGCGCACAGCCCGCCGCUGCUGAUCUGAGAGUCCUGGUGCCCUGGGGCCCCGAACCGCACCCCCCCCGCCCCCCCACCCCCCGAGGAACUUGGGCACCAAGCGGCAGGUGUACUUCCAGAGCGCGAGGAGAUCGAAGAGAUCCGGAGGCUGGGAGCGUGAGGUCCGCCCGCCCGGAGCCGGGCAGCCCAACCCGCUUCCUGGCGUUCUUCCUCCAGGAGGAUGUGGUAGACACCUGCUUGGCCAAAAAGUUUGUCUUCAACGAAAGGUCCAUCUCUGUGUUUCCAUAUUAUAUGUCUUUGGGCAUAGCCUUGCAUGGAAAGAAGACAGCCUGAGACAGUUGCCAGCACCUUCCUGGUGGUCCUGGAUCCUCUCAUAUGAAAGCUCUUGCAGAGAAAGCAUCACCUGAUUGGAAUGACAAAUUUUAAAAGGGGAAAGUGUCACUGUGAGAUAAGAUGGCCCCAGGUCACCUGUAAGGGGCUGGAGGUAACACUCAGGUCUGCAGCCACCUAACUCACUUAAGGAGCAAAAGUCAAUGUCAUCAAGACCUGGAAAGAAGAUGUUUCUAAAACAUUCUCCCGUAUCAUGUCUAAAUGUCAAGUCACCAAAUAAAAUGUGAAGCCAGUGGUAUGAGAGGACAUAAAAAUAGCAUAGAGAAUGAUAGGAUUUUGAUUGAGUCUGGUAUAUUCAAGGAGAUGGUCAUAAUAAUAGGUUGUUUGCAGGAUGCAAAAAGAAUUGUAAGAAAAUUAAAGACAUCAACUAAAACAUUGAAAAGAAAAAACACAAUUUGACAGAGAAUGUGGCGAUUCUUCGGGAAGCUUUUCUAGUCUUCACUUCAGUGUUUUGAAAGAGUCUACACACAUGGAAUUCUCAGAGUGGGAGGUCAUUGAUAACGCUUUCACGAAACAUACCAGACUGCGUGCAGGAGACUGUAAAGCGAAGAAUGAAGUCCCUGAGCAAUGAAAAGGGCCGCUCCAAGAGCCAUUCCCAGUCCUUCUGGAGUUUUCUGUUUGUUACAGAAAGCAGAGUGUGGAAAAUUCUCUAAGACUAUUUUAAGCAGAGAAAAUUCUUAUCCUUUUUGAGCUAGACCAGGCUUGCAAAUACCCUUCAUUUCAUGGGUUUCCUCUGAUCAAAUCAUGGUUGUUGACUAGAGCUCUGUGUUGAGAAAGAUCCUGAGACUGUAUCUGGGUUGAUUGAGAAAGAGUGCUGAUACCAAUUAUAUUGUCUGUCAGAGAUGCAGGGGGCAGCAGUGGAAGGGUGACACAGGCCAUGUUUUUACCAUUCAUAAGUGUGAGAACGUUGUCAGGUAGAUGGACUCCUCUUCCUUGACUCUGUGAAGAGCAGAUUAAAGUACUGUGUCCUUUAUUAGCUAGUAGUUUGGCUCUGAGCAAGUGGCUUCAUCCCUUUGCACACUGGUUUCCUUGUCAGGAGAAUGAAGUUUCUGAACUGGAUGAUCUGUGAUGACCCUUCAAAUUCUAAAAUUCUGUGACUGAUGAAUACUCAAACCACCAGUGCAUUCUUGUGGAGGACUGAGGGGUGUGUCUUAGUUUGGGUUCCCCGAGAAGAGGACUGAAACAGGAUUCAAGUGCAAGUGAUUCAGUAGGAAAGUAAAGGACACUGAUAGGUCAGGAGACCAAGGCAACAGGAAAGAUCACCUUUCAAACAUAAAUGUUAUAGCCUCAACCCAAACCAAAGAAGGUCUGAACCUUGUGUUGAUACGUGGGGAUGUUUUAUGUCUCACGGCUGAUGUCAUUGUCAACACUGUUCCCACUGAUCUUCAGCUUGGAAGAGGACCACUAUCUCAGGCUCUUUUGAUGAAAGCUGGUCCAAUGCUCCAGAAAGAGUUAAAUGCCACCAAGCAGGGAGCAGAGGAGGAAGUGGGUAGCAUACUCAUGACAAGUGGCUGCGAUCUGGACUGCAAAGCUGUGCUCCAUGUCGUGGCUCCAGGCUGGGAUAAUGGAGCAAGAUCUUUGCAGAUCAUGACAAAUAUAAUCAAGAAAUGUUUGAUGAAUGUAGAGCAGCUUUCUUUCUCAUCAAUCACAUUUCCCAUGCUUGGAACCGGAAACUUGAGGUUUCCCAAAGCUAUUUUUGCUGAACUAAUGCUUUCAGAAGUGUUCAAAUUUAGUAGCAGUGAGUGGCUGAAAACCUUACAGGAAGUUCAACUUCUGGUACAUCCAGAUGAUGAGGAAAGCCAACAGAUAUUUUUAGAUGAAUUCACUAGACGGUCGAACGGAAAUCUCAACAAGGAUGGGAUUCUCAAGGCUGGAGAUAUGCAAGAUAUCUUCGGGGCUGUCUCUAACCCUGAGUUUGGAACAUAUGAAAUGAAAAUUGGUGCGAUUACUUUCCAGAUUGCUUCUGGAGAUAUCACCAAGGAAAAAACAGAUGUUCUUGUAAACUCGACAGCAAGGACAUUUAAUCUGAAAUCAGGAGUGUCAAAAGCAAUUUUAGAAGGUGCUGGCCCAGCUGUGGAAAAUGAAUGUGCUGUACUAGCUACACAGCCUCACAGAGAUUUUAUAGUUACACAAGGUGGAUUCCUAAUGUGCAAGAUAAUAAUGCAUGUUCUUGGGGAAAAUGAUGUCAGGAAAACGGUCUCCAGUGUUCUGGAAGAGUGUGAACAGAGGAAGUACACAUCUGUUUCCCUUCCAGCCAUCGGAACAGGAAAUGGUGGAAAAAACCCUGUCAUGGUUGCUGAUGAUAUAAUCAGUGCAGUUGCAGACUUCGCAUGGAAACAUUCCACUCCAUCAUUGAAAACAGUUAAAGUUGUCAUCUUUCUAACUGAUCUGCUAAAGGUAUUCCACGACAGCAUGAAAAAAAGAGCAGUCUCCACAUCCAUAUUCUCCAAGACUGCAUAUAAUAUUCCUGAACAAUGGACUGACAUGAAUCAGCAGCCAUACUGUGUGGUCAAGCUACAACCCGGACAGUCAGAAUAUGACACCGUGAAGGACAAGUUCUGUGAGACUUGUCUUUCCCACGAAAUAGAGAAGAUUGAGAGGAUACAGAAUGUAUUUCUCUGGGAGAGCUACCAGGUAAAGAAAAACCACAUGGACACCAAGAAUGGCCAUACCAAUAACGAGAGACAACUCUUCCACGGCACAGAUGCAGACACAGUGCCGUACAUCAAUCAGCACGGCUUUAAUCGCAGUUAUGCUGGGAAGAACGCUACAGUCUUUGGAAAAGGAACGUAUUUCGCUGUUGAUGCCAGUUAUUCUGCUAACGAUGCAUACUCCAGAGCAGACAGCAGUGGGAGAAAGCAUAUUUACGUUGUGCGAGUACUUACAGGAGUCUACACAGUUGGACACGCAGCAAUAAAAAGCCCUCCACCAAAGAACCCUGACAACCCUACGGAUCUGUUUGACUCUGUCACAGAUGAUACACGGCAUCCAAAGCUAUUUGUGGUAUUCUCUGAUCAUCAAGCUUACCCAGAAUAUCUCAUAACUUUCAGAAAAAAAAAUGUUUCUUAAAAAACAAAGAGAUGAUUUAGUCGUCGAUUUAUAAGAAGAAUUUAUAGAUAAAUCAUAAUUCUUAAAAAGUAAAAUAAUUUUUCUAAAAGAAUUUUUUUGAAAAAAGAACAUAGAUUUUUUUGUCAUUGCCUUUAACUUGUUUACAUAAAUAAAAAUCUCCUUGUUAAGUGCUGAAAUACUUAGAAGAGCCUUUUUAAAAUGCUCUGUUGCUAUUUGUAGCAUACUUCUCCUCUGAGCCUAUUGAUGGGUGGAGGUUGACAAACGUAAAGAACACAAUUAGAGCUACAGUUAUCCACAGACACCCAGUCUACAGAAGAACAAAGAGCACAUUGCUUUUUUCUAUUGAAAAAGAAAUUAGAUGGGUCAUUUUAAAGCCAAGAUAUUAUUGUUAAUUGGAACAUACUGGAACAUAUUAAGACAUCAAACUGUGUUGAGUUAACCAUAUUUCUGAGAGAAUAGGUUACUAUGUGCAUCUGUAACAGCUUGGAAUUUUGCCUUCUUAAGAAACACUUAUUAGUAACAGCUCAGCUAGAAUGGACUGAAUCAAAGGAUAGUACCUCAAAUCUGUUGUGGAACAAAUCAGGUAAAAACGUGUUGUAUUGGGGCUGGCCCCAUGGCUUAGUGGUUGAGUUCAGCGCAUUCCACUUUGGCAGCCUGGGUUGGUGGGUUCGGAUCCCAGGUGUGGACCUACACCACUCAUCAGCCAUGCGGUGGUGGCG